AUGCCAACGGUGAUUGAUCCCUUAUCGGCAGCAGCUUCAAAGUCCAAGGCCAAAGAAGAAGAUCCCGAUAAAAUGGAUGUAGAUUCCGACCAGCAAGUUGAUCAGGAGGUAGAAGAAAAGCCAGAAGUCGAAACCAACACGAAAUCGAAAGCCGGCAAACAAGUAACUCUCGUAACAGAAUUCACAAAAAAAGGAGAUUAUAUUCUGUCAGGAACCAACAAAGGAGCAUUAAACAUUAUUCGCACUAAAGAUUUGGAACUCGUGCGUAGUUUUAAAAUCAGCAGUUCUAAUAUCAAGCAGAUACGAAUCAGUUCUUCAGGACGAAGCAUUGUAGUCAACGCGUCCGACCGUACAAUACGGCUUUUCAACAGUCCAGAUCUUAGCAGAAUGGAGCCUGAAUCGUGGGAUAUGGAACUUGAGCACAAAUUUCAUGAUGUUGUAAAUCGUUUGCAAUGGAACUCGAUAGCAAUGAGUUCUAGCGGUGAAUAUGUUGUUGCUACUACUUAUGAAUCUGCCCAUGAUAUCUAUAUGUGGGAGACUUCUAUGGGAUCACUAGUCAAAAUAUACGAGGGUCCAAAAGAGGAACUUGUAGAUAUAGAAUUCCACCCUAACAAGGCAGCUGUGGCAGCGACUGGACUAGAUACCGGUGCAGUCUAUCUCUGGACAUAUUCGAUUCCUCAAAAAUGGAGUGCACUGGCACCGGAUUUUGUUGAACUUGAAGAGAAUAUAGAGUACGAAGAGCGAGAAGAUGAGUUUGAUCUUGUCGACGAGGCUGCUGAAAAUAAGAAAAAGCUUGAUGAGGAGGGAGGAGAUGUCGAUGUCAUAACAAUCGAGCGUAACAGAGGAGAGUAUACCGAGGAUUCAUUUGUAAUUCCUAUGUCUCUCGGUCCGGUUGAAGAUCCACCAGUUUCCGACGACGACGAUUGA